AACCUUAUAGCAUUAACAAAUAACUCAGCAGCACGUUAAUUGGGUUCGUUAAUUGAAGCAGUGCUCGCGCAUGCGUCAAUAUAUAGCGCCAGAAUUCUAACGGAGUCUCUGUUUUUGCAUUCGCGACCGCAAGAAUGGAUUUCAAUUUAACUACUUUCGAUUAUGUCCGAAUAAUUGCUAUGCCAUUCAUUUUUUCGCCAGCAUUAUUUCUAUCAGUAAAAACAUGGCUGUUGGCUGAUAUGUUGAUUGAAUUUUUUCUAGGAAUAUUUGCUCUGUUAUUCCCGAACGAGUUUCUUCGCAGACAGGUGAGUGAAGGGACGCCGAUAGAAGCAUCACAUUUAGCUUUAAUGCGGAUAUAUGGAGCGAUUCAUGUAGGGGCAUCUUUUGUUUUAUACAAAUGUCGCAUGAGCAAGGAUGAAUCUGUUAUUGGAACAAUGAUGUGGAGUCGUAUUUUGGGGCUAAAAAUCCAAAUCCUCACGCUUGCAUAUCAUGCUAUGUUUAUCAUGGACAAGUUCACUACAUUUUUUCUCUACUUUGUUCUUGGGAACUUCUGCCUGUGGUUAGUGGCUAAUUUAGUCCAAAUUAUACGAAAGCAACCUAAACUUGGUCACUAUGAACCUGAAGUGUUAUUGACAUGGGUGAUAAGAACUGAAUUUUUUGUUACGUUUCUGUCAGGGCUGGCAUAUAUGGCCUUUCCACAUUUUUUGACUACCUUGUUUUCUCCAAAACCUGAUCUAAUCCAUGUAUAUAUAACUCAACUUGUGGGUGGAUCGACACUUGGUGGUAUUUGGUUAUCUUGGUACUCUACGAGUUUUUACCUAGAAAGAGAUAUAAAAUCAGUUUUACUCUCUCGUGUUUACACAACAAUCAUAAUUUUUGCUGUGAUAACCCAAAGCCACUUCAUGCUAGGAUAUCCUAAACUGGAGAAUAUGUGGUUGUUCUUCACUUGGUUCCUUCCAUUUGUACUUGCAAUUGUUGGUCUCAUUAUGAUAAAUGCACGACGAAGAUACCCAAUAAAGAAAAAGGCAACAUAAAUACUUUGCAAAAGACUUCAUUUUGCAACUCCUAUGCAAAUAAAUGGUAACGUGUUUGUCUGAAGCAAAUAUAUUUUUUCAUAAUUUCUUUUAUAAAUGUUUAUUUUUGAAAUGAUUUUUCUCCUGGCACAUUUUUUGAAGUAGAAUUAACUAGCUAUGAAGAACAUGACAUAAUUUUAGAUGGUAGUUAUUUUCAUUUGAGUCUAGAUUUACUGUUUGUUUUUACUGAUUAAAGAUAAUUAAUAUUCCAAAUAUUAUGGAAUUUUUAAUCACCUCACAGGUGACUUUUCUAUGAAUCAAACAGUUUAGGCAAUACUAUAUAAUCUUCACAUCAUUUUUCCUCUAAAGUCUAAUUGAUAUAUUUCAAUAUAAUAAUCAUUGUCAGGAAUAGCUGUAAUUACAUAUUUUUUUUAAAAUCCUGUUUAUGUAACUAUAAUUAGAUCUACAAUAGUUUAAUGGCUUCACAGCAAUUAAGUAAACAACUGAUAUCCGUCCCCUCACCCCAUCGCCUAUUUCCAGUUUUAAUAAAUUGGGACUGGCAUGUCAACUCAUUUCAAAAAAAAAUUCUUUUUUUUUUUUAAAGUUUGUUUUUACCUGCUAUUAAACAUUAGAAAAUUUUUUACCUCCCUUUAAUUCCAUCAUCUCUGUUAAUAAAAUUUGUGCUUUUCACAUUAA